UAGGUCUUUAAGUGGUUGUUGAAUCCACAUGCAAUUCGACCGUUGAUCUUGGGCCUCACUUCGCAAUUCGCUCUCCGUCGCUUAAGUUUUCCACCCCACCUAAGACACGCGAUGCGCCUGAGCUCUAUCUUCCUCGUGGCUGCUGCUACUCUCCUUGUUUGCAGCGACGCUGCGUCGGGUCCCACGCACUAGAAGCAAACUGAGUUUUCGACGGCGAAAAUGGCGCAGUCGUCCGACACUGCCACUCAAAAGAACACGAGGUUCCUAAGAAGCACCAAGACGGAAGACGAAGAGCGAAACUACAAGAACUAUCCCUUCCUGGUAUCUGAAGAGGCUGCCAUGGAGAUGGCGAAGCGAAUCAUUCAGCAGCACGAUGACGCGCUGCUAGCAAAGGUUAAAGAAAUAUCCAACGGCCAGAACAUUCUAAAACGAUGGCGGGCAGAAGAGCUAACGCUUGCCGAUAUCAUGCCUCUACUCAAGGAUGCUGAUAAAUGGAAGGGUACCUCUGAACGCCUCGUGUACAAGCUCGUUAGGGAUUCCCAAUUCCAGCAUUUCCGAGUCCCUCAGCAGUUGGACGACGUAUUCUUGUCAAACGUUAGAAAAGUUAAGAACGGUGAGAAGAUUUUGAAACAAUGGACAAACGAGGACUACUCGCUUUCCCAAAUCAAGUCUCUACUGGAAAAGACUGGCAAAGGGGAGGGUACUUCUGAACGCCUCGUGUACAAGCUCCUCUCGCGCGAAGCCAUUCGUACUCUGUCGGUAUGA